AUGGCUGCACUUGUAGCGGACGUAACCCGCGUCGAAAGCCUCACUGAACAAUUGGGGCGACAUAGCCUUGACGAAGACUUAAUUCAACGAACUGAAAAAAACUUCGUCUCCACUCAGAUUUCGCCAGACAACAGCGCUUCUGAUGUCAGAAUUUCGUCCCACCUUGCCGAUACUUGGCUUGGCAUCGUUGAUAGGACACCCACCAACAGCAAAUAUAAUAAGCGAGGGGCUCAAGGGAUCAAACAACACAUCGUAAGCCGUAAAUUGCAGCCUCUCAUUCUCAGAGAAACACCGAAGCUUGUCAAUGAAGUUCGCAUCGUUAAAUUUGUUAGCAACAAACGAAAUUUGAGGCGAAAUCAUGCGGUGAAACUUGAGAGAGAUGGGAGGGAGUAUGAAAAGGAUGCAUUAAACACUCGAUAUGGCAGAGUGGAGGAGGGAUUUGACCAGUCAAGCUCGAGCGAUGAUGAGCUGCGAGAGCUGUUUUUGUGCAACACUAAAACACCUGAAAUGGACAAAGAAAUGCAAGAAAACUCGAAUAGUGCAGAGGUUAAUUUUCGAGCAGCCGGCUUAGUUGAGGAAAAAGUCGACAAAGCCGACACUGGGAGGAAAAGGAACAAAAUGUGCCGGGGGAGUUUGAAAAAGAAAAUAAAAAUUUUGAGGCCAUGCCUUGAUUUAGAGAAAAUGGAAGCAAGGAGAUUGGACGACCUCAAGAUUGACAACAAAGGACCGGAAAAUAUAUUUCAUCCGAUUCAUUAA